UAAAACGCGUCGGUAAAAGUGGGUUAAAGGUAAAAAAGACGACUUGCUGCACAGGAAACAGAAAUCUGAGGCAGGAGUCGGACUAAAGAUGCUCCAGAACACCGGGAAGCUAGCUGGCUACACACUCUUCAUUACCGGAGCGAGCCGAGGAAUCGGAAAAGCUAUUGCUCUGAAAGCUGCAAGAGAUGGAGCUAAUAUUGUCAUUGCAGCCAAGACUGCCGAGCCCCACCCAAAACUGCCUGGAACCAUCUACACUGCUGCAGACGAGGUGGAGGCAGCAGGGGGAAAGGCAUUGCCAUGCAUCGUGGACAUUCGAGAUGAGCAGCAGAUUGAAGCAGCAGUUCAGAAAGCUGUUGAAACCUUCGGAGGUAUUGACAUCUUGGUGAACAACGCCAGUGCCAUCAGUUUGACAGGAACUCUAGAGACAUCAAUGAAGAAGGUUGACCUGAUGCUGGGAAUCAACCUGAGAGGAACUUACCUGACGUCGAAGAUGGUCAUCCCUCACCUGUUAAAAAGUCGCAGUCCCCACAUCUUGAACUUGUCUCCUCCCUUGAACAUGAACCCUGUCUGGUUCAAGAACCACACAGCGUACACGAUGGCCAAGUAUGGCAUGUCUAUGUGUGUCCUGGGAAUGGCAGAGGAGUUCAGAGGUCAAAUCGCYGUCAAUGCUCUCUGGCCCAAAACUGCGAUCCAAACAGCUGCAAUGGAUAUGCUGGGCGGCGGCGACGUUGGUAAGCAGUGUCGUAAAGCUGACAUCAUCGCCGACGCCGCCUACACCAUCCUGUCCAAAGCCAAGGACUACACGGGUCACUUCCUGGUGGAUGAGGAUGUUCUCAGAGCCCAUGGGGUUCAGGACUUUGAUCAGUACGCCGUCCAACCAGGUCACCCCCUGCUGCCGGACUUCUUCCUUGAUGAAGCACCGGAGACGCUGGUCAAACAGAUGGAGGAGCACGGAGCAACACCCGCCUUCAAAACGCCAUCAUCAUCAUCAUCAUCAUCAUCAUCAUCAGCAUCAGUGUCCCCGCCCACCUCAGAUGGACCAAUAGAAAGCACCUUUGAUGUCAUCAGAGCAGUAAUCAAUGAGGACGUUGUCAAAUCAACACAGGCCAUCUACAGAUUCGACCUGUCAGGAGAGCACAGUGGCACCUGGUUCCUGGACUUGAAGAGCGGUUCUGGCAGUGCAGGUGAAGGCGAGCCCCCCUCCAAAGCUGAUGUCRUCAUGACGAUGGAUUCCAGAGACUUCAGCAAGAUGUUUUCAGGGAAGCUGAAGCCCACCAUGGCCUUCAUGUCGGGGAAGCUGAGGAUCAAAGGCGACAUGACGCUUGCCAUCAAACUGGAGAAGCUGAUGAGCCGCAUGAACAAGGCCAAACUGUAACAUUCAAGCUCCGCCUCUUACUAAAAAAUAAACAGAAGCAAGUUUGAGUUAUGAUCAUGGAGAUGAUUAGGAUCACACACUGGAUUUACCUGAAUGUGGACGGACAGUUCUGACCAGUCUCUACUGGUCUGAACCAGUCUCUACUGGUCUGACCAGUCUCUACUGGUCUGAACCAGUCUCUACUGGUCUGAACCAGUCUGGUGUUGAUGUCAGCUCAUCACUGUCAAAUUUAUUGACUCUUAAUUUUCACUUUAACAUUUGUCAUUAACCAUAACUGAUGAUGUCAUUUGUGUUGCCAUGGUAGUGACAAAUAAACAGAUCUGUUUCACGCUGGA